AUGACUCCCCUGUGUUCUAUCAUCAUCUCAACCCUUUUCCUUCUACCUCCAGCCUUUGCAGGCCAAUCCUGCAAAGCCUACCCCGGCACACCAGGGUGGCCCUCUCACAAAACAUGGUCUCAUCUCAACAGCAGUCUCAAUGGGCGUCUGCUUGCACCUACACCACCUGGCGCAGUCUGUCACAAAAACUGGCCUGCAUACAACAAAGACACAUGUUCAAAUGUCGCAGCUGCUUGGAAGAAAUACGACUUCCACACUGAGAACCCAAUCUCAGUGAUUUAUGAUCAGUAUCCCAACUGGACUUGUCUCCCUGAUGCAGAUUAUCCUUGCAGCGACGCUGGAUAUCCUGCAUAUGUGAUCAACGUCACCAAGGCUGAGCAUGUCAAGAUUGGUGUUGACUUUGCCCGAAAGCACAACAUCAGACUCAUCGUCAAGAAUACGGGCCAUGACUACAUGGGUCGAUCAGUCGCACCGGGCUCUCUAUCACUAUGGACCCAUCAUCUCAAAGAUUUGACCUACCACAAGGGGCAUUUCAAACUUUACAACUCAAAGAUCACUAUUGAUGGCGAUACUGUAACAGCCGGAGCUGGGGCGCAGAUGUACGACGUUUACACCUAUUUAGACAAGUAUGAUCGCGUUGUUAUUGGCGGCGGUGGAAAAUCAGUUGGUCUUGGAGGAUAUGUCACUGGCGGAGGCCAUUCACUCCUGUCGCCGAAGUUUGGCCUUGCCGUUGACCAGGUUCUGCAGAUGACGAUUGUGACUCCCAGUGGGAAGAUACUGACCAUUAACGAGAACAAUCAUCAAGAUCUCUUCUGGGCUAUGAGAGGCGGCGGUGGUUCGACCUUUGGUGUUAUCAUCUCCAUGACUCUCAAGGUCUAUAAAACGCCAAAGAUCUCUGCAUCAGUUUGGACGGUCGGAACAUCUGCCGAGGCACCUUUCAAGUACGAUCUUCUCGCCUACAUUAUCUCCCAAUUUCCAUCUCUCGCGGAUGCCGGUCUAUCUGGAUAUGCAUCUCUCAGCCCGCGCGUUCCCAACCCAUCUCCCGGCCCAGGCGCACCAAAGGAAGUAGCUGGAGUAUCAGGCAUCUUUGCUGCGCAAGACGUACAAGAUCCCAAUUACAUCCAGAAACUUUAUAAGCCUAUCAAUGAAACCCUUCAGAAGCGUUGGCCAGGCUUGGUCCAGUUCACUGCCACGUCGGAGAGUUACUCUUCAUUCUUAAAGUGGUACGACGUCUACUUUGAUCAGGGUGCUGCUGGAGAAACGAAUUACAUCGUCUCGAGACUUUUGACCAAGGAUUCCCUCGAGAAAGAUGAAUCCAAGCUGAGCUAUGCGCUUGAACAAGGUUGUGUACCAUCUGGUGGGAUGAUUGCCCAUCUAGUUUCGGGUAAGGGAGUCCACAAUGCGAAGCCCAGAGGGGAAAGUGUUGCAGCAAACCCUGGUUGGAGAGACACAUACGUCCAUGCCCUUGCUGGACAUACUUUCGAACCUCUCAACCGAACCUCUGAGACACAGGCUGUUCAGAGUUUGAUUAAAACAUGGGAACCAUUCCGAGAGUUAUCUCCCAAAGCAGGCGCUUAUAUCAAUGAGGCACUUCCAUUUGAACCAGAUUGGCAGCAUGCUUUCUGGGGCAACAACUACAAGCGACUUUUAUCCAUCAAGAGAGCAAUUGAUCCGGAUGAUGUGUUGUGGUGCUACCCUUGCGUUGGAAGUGAAACGUGGAAGCAGAGAUCCAACGGUCGUCUUUGCAAAGUGGUUUAA